AUGGAUGAGCUGAACGACGAGCUGCUAAAGAAGAUCACAAACAAGAAAAUUCAGCCUCCCCACAGGAAUUUCAAAGUGGAAAAGCCUCAGCAAGUUUUUGUGCCCCUCACCUUUGAAUCCAGCACUGAAGAAGUCAAAGCCUGGCUGGAGGCCAAGUCAUUCAGCAAAGAGACCGUGGAACACCUGGGCAUCCUCACUGGAGCUCAGCUCUUCUCCCUCAAUAGAGAGGAGCUGAAGAAGGUGUGUGGUGAUGAGGGAAACAGAGUGUACAGCAAGAUCACGGUGGAGAAAAACCAGCUGGAGAAAAGCAGAGGGGAGUCAGAGCUCCAAGAAAUCAUGAAGCGCCGCCAGGAAAGGAUUGAUUCUGCUAAUUAAAGUCUCUCUGCUUUAUUUCAGCUCUUAGCCCUAAGUAGUACAGAAAAAAAGGGAAUGAAAGCAAUGAUUCCCGGCCCAGGCCGGAGGCAGCAGAGCUCCCCUUGGGGUCCAGCUGCCAUCAGAGUGACAAUUCCUCGAACACUGUUGGGGGGGGUUGACAAUAAGACCAUAUCCCACUGGGAAAGGUGUUUUAAUUUUGCAUGAAGUAUUUUUUUUAUAACUAUAUAUUUUAUACUGAAAUUUUCCGUGCAUGCGAUCAGAGCAGGAUUCACACGGGGCUGGAUGUACGACAAGGGCUGCAUUCAAAGACCCCCAAAGCUUUUCUCCGAGGGCUGUCCCUGCUCCCACCCCCUCGCUGGCAGGGCAGGCGUGGCACACAGCUCAGGAGAGGCCAGCCUCAAGGCCUGGAGCCUGCACCACGGCAAUAAGGCUUUGGAGCCCUGCAGUGGUUUGGGUGUAAGGAAAGGACAUUAAAGCUCAUCCUGUUCCAUCCCCCAUCAUGGGCAGGGACGCCUUUCACAAGGCAAAGCUGUUCAAAUCCUGUCCAGCCUGGCCUUGGACACUUCCAGGGAUGGGGAGUAACGACCCCUCUGGGCAACCUAAGGCAGCCCCAUUUCCAUUUCCUCCUCAGUGCAGGUGUCCCCUGAGCCCAAGAGCACAGGCCCGGUGACAACUCCCUGUCCCCCUCCUGUCCCCCUGUGUCCCCUCAUUGGACAAGGCUGGAAUGGCAACACACAUUCCCAAAGUCUGGCUGCUUCCUUAAAUCCACAGACCAGUUAGUGCUGUCUCUGAACAGCUGAAAUGAGCUCUCAGUGCCUAGAAAUGAGCAGGAGUGACAAACAAAGGGAUCUGAAUGUGGACACAGGCGAGUUCCACCUGCCCACUGCUGCUGAUGCACAGGCCUGGGCUCAGGGCAGCUGUGCAGCCCUUCCCUGGGCCACUGAUCCUGCACUGGAAUGUUGUGGUGCUGCCAAAGCCGGCCUCAAUCCAGGAGAAGAUAAACCCUGACCAUUUGCUCCCAUCCCAGGCACACCCACAGCCCUUCCCAGAGUGUUGGGCACUUGUCCCCACCUUCAGGUUUUCACUGUAAAAUGUCAGCUGAAAUGAUUCCCAAAUAGCUGAAACCCAAAACACACUGGGAAAGGCAGGUUUAACUCCAAAUAAAUGGGCACAAGAAAAAAAAUCUAAUUUAGCACAGGGUGUUGCUCUUGACUUCCUGUUUUCCUUCAUAGUUAUGUUCAUUUGUAUAUAACAAUCUGUAAAUAGGGGGUGAGGAAAAUCUCUCUCCCUAGAGGCAGAAUUAGUGAUUAUGCUUCCAAAAUUUACUCACAAUUUCAAAACUCAAGCAAGCAGAGUAGUUCCUGUCCACAGCAAGUUUGGCACAUUGCAUUUCUAUCUCUAUUUAACUGACAGACCAACCUGAUUGCAAAGCAGUGAAGCAAACACAGCUCCAGAGCUGCCACAGCCCAGGGACAGUUGGGUUUUCUCUCUCAGCACGUGCUGAGUCUUUGCCCAAAUUUGUGUCUGUCCUUGCACAUUUAAUAGAAAAAGCUUUAACACAGCGUCUGGGGAACUCGUGUCUAAAUCUGAGAGCACCAGUGCACCUCAGUUUUGGCUUUAUUCUUAAGUGUCUCCGAUGGAUAAUCUGUUUUCUUCAUUUG